AUGCCUGACGAGCCCGAUACAACACAGGCAUUGAGACGCCUCGUGGUUCGACCGGUACCAUUUUCUGCCGAACGCCCGGAGCUUUGGGUUGCUCAACUCGAAGGGCAAUUUCACCUCGCAGGUAUCGAAAAUGAACUCGACAAAUUCCACAUGGCUGCCGUCCACCUUGACACGCAUGCCGCAGCUGAGGUUCAGGACAUCAUACUGCAUCCACCUGAUCAAACUCCAUAUAAGGCAUUAAGAAAAGCCCUCGUGGAGAGACUCACGGCUUCACAGGAGGCAAAACUACACCAACUCCUGGACAAAGAGGUUCUCGGUGAUCGUACUGCAACAACACAGGCACCCCUUCACGAAUUUCUUCAAGGUUCUAACGUAAAAGGGUCUCAUCCAGUUCCGUGGACUACAGAAAGAGAAGCCGCCUUUAAUGCGUCUAAGAAACAACUGCAAGAUGCAACGCUGUUAGUGUACCCAGAUACGACACUACCGUGGGCUGUUUUUACUGACGCGUCCGAAUUUGCUAUCGGCUACGUUCUUCAACAGUGCAGAGGUCAUUAUGUGACCAUUUAUACUGAUCAUAAACCGCUGCUGCAUGCUUUCAAACAAAAUCCUGAUAAAGCAAAUGCUUGGCAGUUCCAUUGCCUUGAUUUUAUCGGUCAGUUUUCAACAGAUAUUCAGCAUGUCGCAGGUAAAGAUAACGUUGUUGCCGACGCCUUAUCGAGAAUUGAAGCCAUAUCCACAGCAAUCUCGACGGCCGAACUAGCACAGGCACAAGCAGCAGAUGCCGAACUCCAAGAACGUCUNUCCAUAGCAAUCUCGACGGCCGAACUAGCACAGGCACAAGCAGCAGAUGCCGAACUCCAAGAACGUCUGCAAGACCCGAAUGGCGUCCUUCAACUACGACCUAUCAACAUGCCAGAGAGUCCAACUCCAAUUUACUGUGACGUCAACGAUCAGCUGAUUCGUCCCUAUUUACCAUUACCGCUAAGUAAGAGAGUUUGUGACACUCUGCAUAGCGUCAGUCAUCCAGGGGCUAACGCAUCAACUCAGCUGGUUGCUCAACGUUUCGUCUGGCCGAGUUUAAAGAAAAACUGUCGUCUUUGGACUCGUGCAUGUCUCCCAUGCCAGAAGAAUAAAAUUUCACGACACGUGGCAUCGCCGAUUCAAGACUUUUCCGGGGGAAGAACAAGACGCUUCGAACACAUUCAUGUCGACAUCAUCGGACUAUAUGUACCGUCCAGAGGUUACCGUUAUUGCCUGACAAUAAUCGACAGAUUUUCACGUUUCCCGGAAGCAUUCCCGAUUUCCGACAUUACCGCUGAGACUGUUGCCGGUGUGCUCUACGCAAACUGGAUUUGUCGUUAUGGUGUUCCGCUUCGGAUCACGACAGAUCAAGGGACACAAUUCGAGAGCCAACUCUUCAAUGCUCUCGCUCGACGUACAGGCAGCAGACAUAUUCGCACGACGGCGUUUCAUCCGCAAUCGAACGGCAUAGUGGAACGUCUACAUUGCCAAAUCAAAGCAGCAAUACGGUGUCAAGAGAGUCCUCAUUGGGUAGAUACCCUCCCCACCGUACUUUUUGGAAUUCCUUCAGCGUGGAAAGACGAUCUUCACGCCACAUCUGCCGAUAUCGUAUUUGGAGAGCCACUUCGAUUACCAGGAGAAUUUCUCGCUCCUGCCCCGAACAAUGGCCUACCGGCAGUAACGAUUGCCGACAGACUCAGAAACCACUUCGCUGAGCUCGCUCCAGUUCCCGGCACACGACACGGCCAACGUAAGGUAUUCGUAUUUAAAGAACUCGCCUCAUGUUCGCACGUUUUUAUUCGUUUAGAUGCUGCUCAUCAUGCAUUUACGCCACCGUACGAAGGACCACAUCGUGUCAUAUCGCGACACGAGAAGCAUUUCGUCGUCUGGAUCAAUGGUCAAGAAACUGUCGUAUCCAUUGACCGUCUGAAGCCAGUAUUUUCCAUUGCCGAAGACGAAGCAGCUGACGCUGACUUACCGGAUGACGACAACGAUUCAGACGACACUCUAUUACCGUCGUCAGAACAAUCGACCCCUGGUACGACACCAGAUACCUCACCGCAACCUGGACCAUCUAGACGCAGAUCAUCAUCUUGGGUUCCAUCGAGUGAUGCAAGAUCAUCUUUGGACUCAUCUCCUCGACCAGUUUGA